AUGGCUGGAGGCCUCAGGCUGGAGAACUUCAGGCUGGCGAGCUUCACUGCAAAGCAGACAGGUGAGCAUAUGGGCACGUACUCUUCUUCACAGGCGACAGACAGAGGACUUACGGCUGGAGAGCUUCUCUGCAAAGCAGACAGACUCCAGCAGAGAGGAUCUGUGUGUUCAGUCAUGGACAGGAGUCUGUUUGUGCUGCUGCUGCUGUCAGGGCUCUUCUGGAGCAGUUCUGCUCUUUCUCGUCAGUACCACUAUAUAAAUGUGAGAAUGUCGUGGCCAGAGGCUCAGAGUUACUGCAGAGAGAAGUACACUGACCUGGCUACUGUAGACACCAUGGAUGAUGUGAACAGGCUGGUGAAUAUAGUGGAUGCUGGAUACAGUGGAUCAGUGUGGAUUGGACUGAAGAGAGGGACACAGAAACGUUGGGCUUGGUCUAAUGGAGAAAGCAAAUCUUCCCUGUACUUUAACUGGGGUUCAGGAGAGCCAAAUGAGAAUGCAGAUUGUGUAUCUUCUUAUUCCGGCUUAUGGUUUGAUAUGGAAUGUAACUAUCUCAAAUAUUUUGUUUGCUACAAGGAAAAUAAUGGAUACAUCUUAGUAAGGAGCGCUAAAAGUUGGAGUGAUGCUCAGAGAUACUGCAGACAGUAUUACACAGAUCUGCCCACUAUCCACAACCCUGAGGAAAAUAAACAGAUAACCAAGAUUCUUUUAUCUGGAUAUUACAUCUGGAUUGGUCUGUUCCAGCACUCUUGGGAAUGGUCUGACAAAUGGAGCCGCUUCUUUAGAAACUGGGCAGCAGGACAACCAUCCCAGAGUUCAGGAUCUGGUGACUGUGUCGGCAUGUCAAGAACCAAUUCUGGGAAAUGGGCUCAAUACAGCUGUGAUCUGGAGUAUCCUUUUAUCUGCCAUGGAUGGCGCAAGUACCAGUACCAGUUUAUAAAAGAAAGCAAGACAUGGCAAGAUGCUCAGAGUUACUGCAGAGCGAGAUUCACUGAUCUGGCCACUGCUGACAACAUGAGCGACGUGAGUUUGCUGGUAAAUACAGUGGAUGCUGGAUACAGUGGUUCAGUAUGGAUAGGUCUCCACAAUGGAGCAAAGUAUCGCUGGGUCUGGUCUUUGGGCCCACUGUCCCAGUACAGUAACUGGAAUCCAGGAGAACCAAAUGGUGAUGGGGAGUGUGUGAGGAGUUUUAAUGGAAGCUGGUACGAUGAGAGCUGCAGCACCGUUCUCCCAUUUGUGUGUUUCAAUGACAGCACUGGUUUCAUCAUCACUGAGACUGCUAUGACAUGGAGAGAUGCUCAGAGUUACUGCAGAAAACAACACACUGAUUUGGCGAGUAUCAGCAGCGCAGAGCAGCAGAAUCUGAUCAGUAAUCAUGCAUCACUCUGGAUUGGUCUGUUCCUGGACUCUUGGGAAUGGCCUGAUCGCAGGAAUCUCAGUUUCAGAAACUGGGCAGCAGGACAACCAUCCCAGAGUUCAGGAUCUGGUGACUGCGUCGGCGUGUCAACAACUGAUUCUGGGAAAUGGGCUCAAUACAGCUGUGAUCUAAAGCAUCCUUUUAUCUGCCAUGGAGGGCCCAAGUCUCCUUACCGCUCCUUCCACUAUAUGAAUGAAAGCAAGACAUGGCAAGAUGCUCAGAGUUACUGCAGAGCGAGAUUCACUGAUCUGGCCACUGCUGACAACAUGAGCGACGUGAGUUUGCUGGUAAAUACAGUGGAUGCUGGAUACAGUGGUUCAGUAUGGAUAGGUCUCCACAAUGGAGCAGAGUAUCACUGGAUCUGGUCUAUGGGCCCACUGUCCAAGUACAUUAACUGGAAUCAAGGAGAACCAAAUGGUGAUGGGGGGUGUGUGAGGAGUUUUAAGGGACGCUGGUACGAUGAGAGCUGCAGCUCCGUUCUCCCAUUUGUGUGUUUCAAUGACAGCACUGGUUUCAUCAUCACUGAGACUGCUAUGACAUGGAGAGAUGCUCAGAGUUACUGCAGAAAACAACACACUGAUUUGGCGAGUAUCAGCAGCGCAGAGCAGCAGAAUCUGAUCAGUAAUAAUGAAUCAUCGCUCUGGAUUGGUCUGUUCCUGGACACUUGGGAAUGGUCUGAUCGGUGGAAUAUCAGUUUUAGAAACUGGGCAGCAGGACAACCAUCCCAGAGUUCAGGAUCUGGUGACUGUGUCGGCAUGUCAACAACUGAUUCUGGGAAAUGGGCUCAAUACAGCUGUGAUCUAAAGCAUCCUUUUAUCUGCCAUGGAAGGCGCAAAUACCAGUACCAGUUUAUAAAUGAAAGCAUGACAUGGCAAGAUGCUCAGAGUUACUGCAGAGCGAGAUUCACUGAUCUGGCCACUGCUGACAACAUGAGCGACGUGAGUUUGCUGGUAAAUUCAGUGGAUGCUGGAUACAGUGGUUCAGUAUGGAUAGGUCUCCACAAUGGAGCAGAGUAUCACUGGAUCUGGUCUAUGGGCCCACUGUCCCAGUACAGUAACUGGAAUCCAGGAGAACCAAAUGGUGAUGGGGAGUGUGUGAGGAGUUUUAAUGGAAGCUGGUACGAUGAGAGCUGCAGCUCCGUUCUCCCAUUUGUGUGUUUCAAUGACAGCACUGGUUUCAUCAUCACUGAGACUGCUAUGACAUGGAGAGAUGCUCAGAGUUACUGCAGAAAACAACACACUGAUUUGGCGAGUAUCAGCAGCGCAGAGCAGCAGAAUCUGAUCAGUAAUAAUGAAUCAUCGCUCUGGAUUGGUCUGUUCCUGGACUCUUGGGAAUGGUCUGAUCGGUGGAAUGUCAGUUUUAGAAACUGGGCAGCAGGACAACCAUCCCAGAGUUCAGGAUCUGGUGACUGCGUCGGCGUGUCAACAACUGAUUCUGGGAAAUGGGCUCAAUACAGCUGUGAUCUAAAGCAUCCUUUUAUCUGCCAUGGAGAUGACACAUUAAUUAAAAAGCAGAUUGUCAGACUGAAAUUGUCUUGUAAUGGAGAAUGCACAUUGAAUGAUCCUUCACUACAGACUGCCAUUCUGAAUGAGAUCAGUGAAAAGCUAAAGAUCAUGGGACUGGAGAGUGACAGCAAAAUAAGCUGGAGAAAAGGGGAAGGUGAAGAGGUGUUUCAUCAAGAUCAACCGUAAAGCGAG